AUGACCGAUACUUUUGCUGAACAUUUCCAUGAUUCUUGGGCUACAAGAAAGCUCGAGAAGGGUUGGACCCACGGGGACUUCUACUCUCGCCAACAACUCACACAUCCACGCCUAAAACCUUUCAGCUUGCUGAAAGAUUUUGAAAAGGCCUUCUACAAAGAGCGUUGCGCUGAAUGUUUGAAAGCACUCCUAGCUUGGGGUUAUACGUUCGACAUGGCUGAUCGCGAUGCUGCUGAUAAGGCAGCUAAUGCUCGUACACCAUCAGGCACUACGAUCCAGAACUUUGCACCGAAACCUGUAGAUUUGUCAAGUAUGACGCUGGAGAAAGUGGGUCUUGUGACGAAACUAAGACAUGCUCUAGUGCCAUGGGAUCUAUUGACCGAUUUCGAACGUCGAAAAGAUCGUUUCCGUGCAAAUGAAAUUUUGAAGUUUUUACAAUACCAUGGAUACCAUGUCGUUAGCCCACAAGUAGAGCAGAACUUGGAGAGGAAAAAUGAGGUUGAGCGUUCAUCGGUGGAGAAGAGGUUUGCCUACAAUCUUUUGGAAAAGCUCAUCCAGUAUCUCGAACAAGCGAGUCUAAAGAUGAAAUCAAUCAAGCCUAGUCAAGAGCUUACGAGGAGGAAUACGUUCAGAAAGGAGGGACAAGAUGUGAAAUUCUUCGAAAAAGUCGUUUUACCACUGAUGCACGCUUAUUUCAACGCUCACAAGAACUACUUUUUGGAAGGAUCCAGCAUUGUACAAACGGGUACAGCCAGUAAUCGAGAAAAGGAGAUGGUUGCUAAGUGAGC